UGAUUGAUGAUAUAUUCCUUUAUGGGAAUAAAUAAUUUGCAUUAAAAAAUAAUCGAUUUCAAUCGAUGCGCGUAACAGAUCGAAGAUAAUAUCAGAUUUAAUUAGCUGUUUUCUAUAAAACUCAAUAAUCGAUAAAGUAUCGACAAGUAUAUAUAAUACUUCCGAAUCCCGUUUUAAAUAAUGAAACAAACUAAAUUCCAUUACAUUUAAAGAAAAAGUUUGCUGAAAGCCUCCAGAAUACAAUAAACGUUACGAAUUUAUAAAUAAAACAGCAAAAAAUUUGCGAUUUAUGAAUAUUCGCCGAGUGUAAUUUAGUUAUAGUAGUAGUAUAAUAGUAAGUUGUGUGUAUGUAAACAUCGUAAUAAUUACGUAAGUAGAAAUAAUUAAAAUACUAAUCAUUUUGAAAUUAUAAAUAUUAACUUUUGCUAUUUAAAAAAGAUGAUAAUUUCAUUUUUAAAAAAAAAUGAAAAAAUAGCAAAAACAUAUUAACUGAUGACAGCGCGCCAAGUGUCAAUUAUUAUUGUAAGACUCCCGUCCCGAAGACAGCGCCUCUAGUGUCCGUUUACCUAUGAAGACGAGAACGAAGGUUUUUAGCUGUGAACAUGCUUCAAUUACUAUUUUAAUUGUCAAGAAUGAAUUCUCUAUAAUUAAAAAAAUGACUGUGCAUUCGAGCCAUCAAAUGUGUAUUUAUUGAUCUGUGCACUCGAAGAUAUCAUCGCAGUGAGUGCGACUUCGAUAGUCAUCUUGAUAAUGAAGAUGACCACCUUGAAUAAUGAGCCUGAUCAUUAUCCUUGACGUAUGCUUUUCUGAUGGUAUUAGUAUCUGGAUAUCAAAUAUUCACAAGCAUGACUUCUUGUUCGUAUAGUAGCGAUGAUGAAAUUAGGAGCAGUAAUGGUAAUGCUACUGGCCAAGACAGAAGACGGCGUGUUCAUAAUGAGGUAGAGCGCCGUCGUAAGGAUAAAAUAAAUAGUUGGAUCCUUCGCAUUGGUGAAUUACUGCCAGAUAAAAACAGAAAGAAACAAUGUAUAAAUGAAAUUUUGGAACAAGCUGUUGUUUACAUCAGUUAUUUGAAGGAUUCAAAUGAUAAGUUACUUCAAGAAAAAUGUUCAGAGGUGCAAGUGGAAGAAUUAAGAAGAAUGAACAAAAGAAUAAAAGAUUUGGAAGAGCAGAACACCCAGUGCCUGAGGUUAUUGCAAGCAGCUGGAAUUACAUGUACUUCAUGUCCAGAAGAAUUUUGUGAUCAGAAAUCUGGAAAAUAUUCUAAUAAAAUUACUUCAGAACAGGCCAGUGCCUUAUUAACUCAAUUUGAGAAUGACUUGAUAGAAAGUAAUGUGACAAAGCUCAAAUCUGUGAUGCAAAGAAAAUUGCAAAAUAAAAGUAGUUCUGUAAGUGGUGAUAGCAUGGAUACAGAACUUAAUUGCAAUGGAAAAACUUCUGAUGAUGAUAUCAGUGAAACAAGUAUCAUUUCAGAGAAGAGCCUGCCUGUUUCUCAUCCAAGAAGUUCUAAAAUAGAUGGAGUAGUGUCUUCUGGAACAAUAUCAACAGUUACAACAUCUCCAGUUCCAUCAUUAACUGAUAAUAAAGAUAAUCAAAUUACAAAAGUAGUUAACAGUGUUUCACAAAGCGUGUGUUCCUCCUCUCCACUAUCAAAAAGUGUAGACAAUUGUCAAUACACUGAGCCAUGUUCUUCAGAAGGUCCAAAUCUGUCAUUAGAUGUAUGUGAUAUAACUGCUGUAACUCAAGCAUUGCCUCCAGUCCCUGUGAUGUCAACUUCUCAGAAUUCCAGUGCUCUUCAGAAUAAUGUUCAAAAACUUUGUAAACAAACAGUAGCAUCUUUCAACCAAGUGAUUCAACCUCAGGUGUUGUCUCCUUGUGGAACAAUACCUCCUACUGCAAACAGAGCUUCUAGCAUUCAGAAUAUGUCUUCACCACUUAUUGUUAUUAAUGAACAUGGUAUUCCUGUAAUUCACAAUAUUGUUACAUUUCAGAGUGUUCAACCGCCCGUAUUUUCAAAUUGUUCUUCCUCUCCAGCCCUUCUAACUUCUACUAAUAAUGGAUUUGGACAGACCCAAUCACCUCUUGGAAUUUCACCACAAAUUGCUGGAUGCAGUAGCUACAAAUCUAUGUAUGUUACUAAGGAUUUUCAAAAUCAAGCUAAAAUUACAUCAACUCCCACCACAUUUAGUGUUACUGUUACCCCAAAUAAUUCAGUAACUGGUGUUCCAAUUUUAGCAGCUGCAACUGGUUAUACUUCUACAAUCCGUCCACCAAAUACUCUUACAACUGAAGGCAAGAGUUUGCUGUCUCCUUUAGUUGCCCAAGUGCCUGUAUCAGGUUCCUCACAGGAAAAUACUAUGAAGCUGUCGUCGGGUUUACCAACGUCCGCAAUAGGGCAAGGAACACUCUCUCAAAUCAUCACUCAUCCAUCAGAUGAUUUAACAGCUUCAAAUAUGCAUCUUCAAUCAUGCAACAGCCAUAAUUUAUCUCAAAAUAUGCCUUGCAACGCUCUACCUCCGACAGUAGUAACUCCUGGUGGCAUAUUAGUUGGGCAGCCAUUGACAAUCAAUCAACAAGGACAGGUAUUAACAAUGGGGAGUGGACAAAUUUUAGCCACACAGGGAAGCAUAACAACUCAGCAGCCUCUCCCAUCUGCUUUAAUACUGCCUAAUGGACAAGUCAUUCCUGUUGUUAGCCAACCAUCAGUUGUCUAUGCAAAUCCAGCAAUGAAUAAUAAUGUAGUUUUGACUCAAACAGGUAAACAAAAUAUUCAAGUGUCUAAUUCUCCGGUAACAAGUAUCAAAAAUCAGAAUUCACCUUUACUUAAUAAUUCUAUUAAUAAUAAUAUACUUUUUUCACCCUCAGGAACAACUAGAAAUAAUUUUAAAAUGUCAUCAGUUGCCUUAACACUAUCUCAGAAUGUGAAUGCUCAACCAUCCGUGUCAUAUACAAUGAAUAAUGAAAUCUCCCCACCGGCUGUUCAACAAAAGACGGCAAAUAUUGGAAUUGACUCUUUAAGACCUCCUCAGAAUGAUUCAUCUAUUAUAUCUACUGAAGAAGAAUUAAUAAAAUGUACUACCAGUCAGACAUUUCAGAAUACGUUGUCGACAGCACCUACCACAAAACCAAAUUGUAUUAACAUGGAAACAAAUUCAAAAAGAUCAGGUAAUUUGAAUAGCAAAAAUGGAAAUUCCGUAAAAAACAGUAAAUACAGCACAUCUGGGAAUAAACGAACAAAUAGAAUUUUAAAACCCAAACCUACAUCAUCACCUCAGUCAUUAGGUUUACAACAUACAAAAAUGCAACAAACAGUAAGAGAUGUUGAGACAAAAAAACAAGAAAAUAGCAUUUUAAAUAAAACAUCAGCUAAUGAAAAGAGUAAUUUAAACAAUGCUAACAAUGUUGCUUCAUGUACAAAUUUAAAUAUGCCAGCAAAUAAAACAUCUGACAGUGUCAAACUUAAUAUGAGUGAGGCUGUAACAACAUUAUCUACAAAUAAUAAUAUGAGUUCUGGUAUAACAACAGAUAUUUUGGCAAAAGCCACAGAAUCAAUAUUUUCUAAUUGCAUGUCAGAACUUUCUCCGUCAAUUUCAAAUUUUUCCUCAAAUAAAGAUGAAUCAUCACAUAGCGAUAACACUGUAAACUGCCCAGUGAUGGAGAAUGGCAAAACAAACAAAAGUAAUCAUGAAGCAUUAUUAAAUAAAUCGACAAAUGAAGAAAAGCAAGAUAAGAAAGCACAUCUGUAUCAUCUGGAAAAUUCUAACACUUGUAAUUCAAUUGCAGAAUCUUGCAUUUCUUCUCAACCUCAAGAUUUACUAAGCACUCUUACUGCAACAGUUUUUGGUGAUUCUUCAGUCGACACGGCAUCUGAUGAAUUAGAAUUCACGCAAGUAGAUACAUCUGCCUCUAAGCUAAUGCCUACACUUUCUUCAAACAUAAUGGCAAAAAAUUUGAAAGACGACAAUGAUGAUAACCAUGAUUUGAAUGUCGAAAAAUUAAAAAAUAGAAGUGAUUGUAAUAACAGUGAUGCACCACCCCUGAAGAAAGCUAAAACAAAUGAAGUGUCUAAUGGAAAUAAAGGAAUGCCCAUAACAACAGUUCAGUCUAUCGAAAAAGAACAAUCAAAUUGUUUUGUAUCAAACACAUUAUCUGAAUGUAAUGAAAAUACUGCAUCAACUUGUGAGACAUCACAUAAUAGAAUUAAUUCUGCAAAUAAAUGUUAUUUAUCUGAGGAAAAACAAUUCAAACAAACACAACCCACUUGUGUAUCUAGUACUUCAAAUACGUUAUCUGUAAGUGAAGUAACUCCUAAUGUAUCACAGAUACUGCUUACAGACUCAUCUUCUCAAAUUCAUUUAAGAACAACACAGAAAAGUCCCCCAAAACAAAACUCAUCCAAUAAUUUAUCUACAUUUGUUACAAAUGGAGAUAGUUCUGCAUCUGAUGCAGAGUUACCAACUUUAAUUUUAGGCAGUUUAGGUGAUGAUAGUAAUACUCCAUCAUCUGUAACUGGCAGUUCAAGUUCUGGUUUACCGUUUUUGACACUAUCCCCGAGUGAACCAUUUCCUUCUGAUUUGCAUAAAGAUGCAUCUCACAAUAAUGAAAAUUCAUUUAAUUUAUUAGAAAACUGUAGGCAGUCUAAUAUUGAACCCAUAGUAUCUGUAAAAAACAAAGAUUUUAUUCAAAACAAAAAGACUUCUCCAUCAUCAGAACAACAGAAAGAAAAAUCUGUUAGAAAUUCAACAUAUAUGGAAACUAAUAAGUCUACACAUUCAAAACACAAUUUGUCUUCUAACCAAUUACAGGAGCAAGAAGCUAAUAUUUCUUCAACAUUGUCACCUCCUCUUUUGAUCAAAUCAAAUUGUAAUAGAUCUGUUUCUACACAACAAAGGAUUGUUCAAGAAGAAAAUAUAAGUGGCCUUCAAAAGGAUACACAAUGCCCUUCAUCUUCAGUUAAUGUGAGAGCUAUUUCAAGAUCGAAUGAUGUGAACUGUCAGGUAACUUUAACUAAUCAUUUGUCACCAGUUACCAGUUUAAGUUUUAUUGCACCAAGUCCUCCUCCUCUGUUAUCAAGAAAUAUUUUACAUGAAACUCGUACCUCAACUCCAGCUUCAAAUUCUCCACAUUUCUCACCGUUGUCAUCUCAAGGUAAUUUCAAUGUUGUAAAUAGUCAAACUCAACUUCUUGCCACCACAACACAAUCUCAGAAUUCAACACAAAACAGAAUUUCUCCAUUUAAGCAGACAUCUGAUAGAAAUUCUUCAACACCAAAAUCUGUAGGAACUUUUCUUAAUUCUGAAAAUCCCUCCAAUAUAAUAACAUCCACUUCAACUGUUACUUCUACCACAACUAGUAAUUCUGUUAAUUUUCAACCACAAACUACAAGUCAUACAUUAUCCAGUUACUCAGCAGAAGCUUUGAUUGGACAGCAAUCAACAAUGACUUCUACAUCAUCUGGAAAUCCUAUUGUUUCUCAAGCACAUUAUAGCAACACAUUAAUUAGUGGAUGCUCACGUGUUACUAGACCACCCAUUUCUUAUUCAGCUGAAAGCCUAAUUCAGACAAAUUCUUGCAUUGAUAAAAAGCAAGAAACAUUAUCAAAAGAAACAAUUUCUAAUAACAACAUGACAUCAAACAAUAUGAAUUCUUAUAGACAUCAGCCUCAACACUUGCAACAUUCAGUUCAACAAACCACAAUGUUGCAAGGAACUAACAUAGGGCAGUCUAUUGUUAGUAAUGUUACUGAAAGAAGAUUACCUUGUUCUAAUUUAUCAACAUCCUCUGAUAUGAUGCAGUCAAAUUCAUUGCAGUCAAACUUUCAUUUGCAAGGAACAUCGCCUUACCCAAAUUUAACACAUGGAAUCACUACAGGUCCUCAGCAGAAUUUAAUGAAUAACCAUUUUGGUGGUAGUCCAAUUUUAAUGAGGCAUGGAACAUCUGCAUGUCAACAAUUAGAUCAAUGCCUACCUUGUAAUCAACCAUCACAUAACAGUACCUCUAUACCUCAAGCAUAUUCAAAUAUAUCUUUGAAUUUAGGAGGAAGCAAAAAUUGCCACAACACAAAUGCAUUUCAUCAGAACAGACCAAAUGUUGAAACAUCAAUAACACAAACAUUGUCCAGUUGUUUAUCAAACGGGAAUAAUUUGAAUCACAUUGUAACUUCAAACAGUCAGCAACAGAAUGGCUGUCUUUUCCCAAAUCAUGGUUCUUCUUCAAUGCCAGCAGGACCAUUAUUGCAGAUGCCUGAAACAAAUUUUUCUCUGUUAUCAAAUACAACUUCAUUUAAUAAUCAAGUUAGAAAUGAUAAUAGGCCACCUGUUUUUAAUAAUUUCCCUCAACAUACACCUCAAAAUCCUCUAGUAAACAAUAUUUUCCAUGGAUCUUUUGUUACAAGUGUAAAUACUCAAAGGAAUGAAGUAACAAAUGUUAUGACUGCCCAGCAGUCAACACAUCCAAAUGAAGGAAUAAAACAGGUGACUAGAGAUCACAGAAGUAGCUCUCAGUCUCAAAGUCCUGCUCCUAAUCAGUCUAAAAUUUCACCAAAAACCAGUAAAUCAAAUGCAAAAAAGAACAAACAGAAUUCAGUAAAUGAUGAAGUGAUAUCAUCCACUCCAUACGACAAUAUCAAUGCAAGAAUGAGUACUCAUUUUUCUGUUCCAGAUUUAUCAUUUCCAAGAAAUGAUGGUCCUUGUCUGGGAAAUAAUUAUUUUAGCAACUCUCAAAGAUCUCUUGUUCCUACAAUAUCAAAUAUUCAAACACAAAAUAAAAACAUUCCGUCAGUUGCAACCUCAGACACCAGUUUCACUGCAAACUCCGCAUACAAUCCAAUAUUUCGUCGUCAAGCUGACAACAGUCUCAAUUUUAAUUUUCAAGGUUCAAGUUUCAGCGUCAAUUCGUUGCAUAGACCCGCAACGUCUGGAACCGACAACGUAUCUGCUGCCCAGAUUAGUUGCCAUACAUCUACGGCUUCUGCUCAUCCCAUCCCAAAUUUUAAUUUGAGCAACAUCUUUCCAGACAUAAGUACAUCUAGUGAAAGUAUUAAUUUGCCACCUAUGAAGUUUCAUCACAAUAAUCACAUCAUUACUCCACCAAAUUCUAAUCAGAUUCAGGCAUCGGAGGGAGCUUCGUUAUCUCAUGGUGCCACUCAUCAAAAUCGGGGACCUCCGCCUCUGUAUCAUAGUCGAUCUCAUCCACCCGUCAUACAUAACAGCGUGGGUUUUAACGGUAUUCUAGGGCCGAACACACACAGUUUCGAUGGUCACGGUGCUCAAAUGGCCGUGGGCAUCAACAAUGCCAUGGGUCAUCCUCCUCCUCCUCCGCCUCCGCCACCACCUUUCGGGCCGACCCAUGCGCACACACCCUCAUUCGGAAACGUCCUACCCCCACUCAACUUUCCCAUGCACGAUCACUGAUAACGGGGAAUCAAUAUUUUGUAAGAGAUUAUGCAUUGAUUUAAAAUGGCAGCUCCAUUACAAAUCGAGGAGAGGGAUAUUUGCGAGUUAUAAUUGUAGUUAUAAUUGCACAUAGUUCUUUAGAGGAAUGUCGCCGAAGAGAAGAUGGUUUAUUUGUAUUUUUUAUGAACUGUUGUUGUAAGCAAUGGUUUAUCCACAAUAUAAAAUGGAUAUUUUUUUUCUACAAAAGAAAAAAAUUCUUGGAUCUCUUGUAGUAAAGAUAUCAAGAGAUUAUGUAUAAUAAUGAAUUUUUACAAGUAAGUAAAUGUACAGGUCAUUGUGAUUAUACUUAAGAGAGAAUUGUUUAUUUCUUCCAGAGAAAAUAUUUUAUCCAGAUAUUUCACUUUUUGCUGUCAAUGUCAUUCAUACAUUUCAUCAAGAAAUAUGUAGUUAUUCACGUCAAAUUGAAUUUUGACUGUAAAGUUGAAUAAAAUGUC